CAACACUUCCGGUUCCUUCAAAACCUCUCCCCCCGUCCCCCCACACCACGCCAGCAGAUCUCUCCGGCCGCCGGCGAUCCACACCUCGCCGGAGAUGGCAAUGGCUCGCCGCCGUAUCACACCGCCACUCCUCGUCCUGCUCCUGCUCCUGCUCCUAUCCGCUGCCGGACCAUCUCUGGCUCAGCAGAGCAACAGCACGAGACACAGCUCCCACACCGCCGGCGGCUUCACGCCGACCACCAUCAUCGUGCUCGCCGUCCUCAUCUCCGCCUUAGUCCUCCUCACCCUCUUCUCCAUCUACAUCAACCGCUGCGCGCCACCCCGUCCUCCCCCGCUCCGGGCGUUUCGUACCGCUCCUCAUCAGACCGCCGACGGCGGUGCCGUCCACUCGGGCCGCCGCCCGCGCGGCCUGGACAAGGAGAUCGUGGAGUCACUCCCCACGGCGAUGUACGGCGACGUGAAGGCGCGCGUGGCGGCGAAGUCGGGGCCCCUCGAGUGCGCCGUCUGCCUCACCGCGUUCGAGGACCACGACGAGCUCCGGGUGCUCCCCGCGUGCUGCCACGUGUUCCACUCGGACUGCAUCAACCCAUGGCUCGCCGGAGCCGUCACGUGCCCGCUCUGCCGCGCCGACCUGACCGUACCUUCGGCUCUAGCGUCCACCGAGAGCUGCGACCUGACGGCGCGUCAGGAACCGGUGCAGGAAGAGCCGAAUGAGGAGCAAGAUGAUGCGUGCCUCGUGGGCGCCUUCACGCCCGAGUCCGUCAUCAGCUUCGAUGCGACGCGUUCCCUCGAGUUCCACUACCGACGGACGAAGUCGGCCAUGGACAUGCCGGACCGGCACACGCUGCGGCUGCCGGAGCACGUCAUGAAGGAGCUCGCUGCCGUCCGGAGGCACCGGCGCGCCGCGAGCCUCGCCGGGUACCCCGACGCCCUGGAGAGGACGCCAAGGUGGCUGGCGUCGUUCUGGCAGUCCAUGUCAUGGCAGCGGCAGAGCCGGACGGAUUCGGACGCCGUGGAGGGGCACGGCGGCAGCAAACGGGUUGUCCCUAUCACCGGAGAGCCGGCAGGAAAGCCCAGUGGAUCCGGGUCCGGUGGGGAUGCAAAAGAGAAACCGGAGCUUGACGCGUUAAACUGGGUUUGAUUUUCUCUCGUAUAUCUAUGGAUCGAUUUGGCAA